AUGCCACAGAACGAGCACAUUGAGCUUCAUCAGAAGCGUUUCGGUCGUCGCCUCGAUUAUGAGGAACGUAAGCGAAAGAAGGAGGCCCGAAAGGUGCACGAAGCGGCCGAUAAGGCCAAGAAACUGCGAGGCAUCAAGGCGAAAAUCUACAACCGUCAACGGUUCACCGAGAAGGUGCAGAUGAAAAAGACCCUCAAGGCUCAUGAGGAGAAAAAGUCCAAAAAGCAAGACACACCGGUUGGUGAUGGAGGCGCAGUGCCGCACUAUCUCCUGGAACGUGAGAAUCAAUCUCGCGCAAAGGUUCUUUCAAACAUGAUUAAGCAGAAAAGAAAGGAAAAAGCCGGAAAGUGGGAAGUCCCGAUUCCAAAAGUUAAAGCUGUCUCAGAUAUGGAAGUUUUUAAAACAAUAGAAACUGGCAAGCGCAAGAAAAAGUCUUGGAAGAGAAUGGUCACCAAAGUUUGCUACGUCGGAGACGCCUUUACUCGUAAACCACCUAAAUUCGAGCGGUUCAUCCGCCCGAUGGCUCUCCGCUUCAAGACUGCUCACGUCACUCAUCCUGAACUGAAAGCCACCUUCCACCUGCCAAUAAUCGGAGUCAAGAAGAACCCUUCCAGUCCAAUGUACACCAGUUUAGGCGUUAUAACAAAAGGUACUGUGAUUGAAGUUAACAUCUCUGAACUUGGUCUGGUGACACAAUCCGGAAAGGUUGUUUGGGGAAAGUAUGCUCAGGUGACGAACAACCCUGAAAACGAUGGCUGCAUCAACGCUGUUCUUAUCGUUUAA